CGUGGUCGCCACAGGUGCCUACAUAUCCUACAUAUGGUCCGUAUCGGUCCGUAUUGUUGUGGGAAGAAGGUUGCGAAGGAGUUCUGUUUUAACCGGUUGUGAUCACAGAUGACUUCUGUGGGCCGUGGGAGAGGUCGGGGAAGUAACCAAGAUAAAGUAGUAUCUUUACGCCGUCCUGGAGAGGCAAUCCAGUCUACAGAUAUGGGAGUUGAUAGCCUGAUUGCUACUAUCCAGAGCAUCAAUCUUCAGGGUGCAAAUGAAUCUCUGGCCACACUUCAAAGGGUAGAAGAAUUGUUGCAGAGCCAAUGUCAGACAGAAGAAGAUCUUAGGUUUGUUGUGCAGUGCCUUCAUGACCGCAGCCUUGAAGACCGACAGUUUGGGAUGAAAGCAGCUGCAGCAUGUGGAUCUGUGGCUUCACUGGAAGUAGGAGGUGUAAAGCUACGUAAUAUUUUACUUGCUGAUGUCCAGAAGGAUUUUGAAGAUCGGGCACAUCUCCAGACAGCUUGCAACCUGAAGUUUCUGAAUGCUAUUGCUCUCUUGGGUGAGAUCUUCCAUCAGGUGCGUCUUCCAGAUGGAUCACCCAUAAACAUUCUGGCAUCAGCUGUACUUCAGUACCAAGACAUGCUGCUGAGUGGGGAGGAACAUGAGAUGGAACUGUUUACAACUCAGCUGGCAGUAAAUGGCCGGAAGCUGUAUGACUGCCGGGCAGGUGAGCUGGAAGAAUUGAUGCUGCGUGUUCGGACAACCCUCAUGUCCCGGAACUUGAGUGGACAGUGUCGCUGUUGGUUGCUGCUUGCCCUGGAUCUUGCAACCAAUCGCUAUGCCCCACUGUCAGGGCAGCUGCAGGCAUUUUAUCAGGUGCACCUGGGAGCAAAUGCCAUCAUGCAGCUCCAGCGUCUCCAAUUGGGCCUUAAAGUUGACACAAAUAAUACCCACACAGAACUGAAUCAUGUCUCUGUACCAGACAUGCCUGAGUCUGUUGAAAAGAAAUUGGUCGGUGAAGAUGCAAGUGGCAUACUGGCCAAGUGCAAUUCUGUUGAUCAGACCAUAAUUGAGAAUGGUGCAUUCAGGCCAAGAAAUACUGCAGCAAGGACAGAACUGCUUGGUGCAAAACCCGGUUUUGGAAGUGGAAGAAAAACUGGAGAAAAACCUAACCAAGCAAGGGUAGAUGGAAUCAAAGCUGGUACUUAUGGUAGUGGUGAUUGUGAUGAGGGAAAGAAAUUGAGUUCAUCAAGAGAGGAACAAGGUUGGAAAAAGCAUUUGGGCCAUAUGAAACAAGAUGUGGAUCAAAAUGAGGAUGUAUGGGGCUCUCCUCGUGGACAGAAAAGUGAGCGGUGGGGCCACGAUGAUCGUUUUGAGAAGGAUUACGACUUUUAUGGCAAGCAGACACAGAGAGGUGAAGGAACAUUUAGACCUAGAAACAGGACUGGUAACAGUGAGAACUGGAGAGACAAGAAAGGAAGUGAAUGGAAGGACCAAAAGAAUAUUCCUAAAAGUGAAACCAAUGCAGUUGAAACUAUAGACACUACAGUGACUUGCCCUCCUCUUCCUGAACUUCCUGAAGAAGAGAACUGGGACUGAAUAUAGUAGCCCAUCUUCUGCACAAAGUGAGGCCCAUAUACAUGGUAUGCAGAGCUCGCAGAGUGGUUGAAAACGUGUUUGGAAUAUCUUCAUCUGUGUUCUGAGUACUGGGGAAACCACUGUUGCUUCAGCCAGAAAAUGCAACUCUCAUUGUCAUAGCCAUCUCUCACCUGCAUCACUUCCUGAGGAGAAACAAGGAGUCCAUUAACCUGUACUCGCCACUAGGAAGUAUGGAUUGAGGUAGAAGGUUGAAUAAUGCCAGGAUCUUGGAGGAAUAACAAUAACGAGAAGAGAACUUCCUUACCACAGCUGCAAAGAAUUCCGAAAAGGCCCCCAAGAACAGCACUGGAAAUAAGGAACGAAUUGGCAGAUUUCUUUAUCAAAGAAGGGAAGUUUCCAUGGCAAACUCAACAUGCUUGAAUUAGAUCGGAAAAUAUGAGCGACAUCCUGCGCAGCUCCAGCAGAAUACGACAGAAGGAGAAGAGUAGCUCAAUGUGUUUCCUUUGUCACUUUCUUUUGUGAUCCCGGCCCCAUAAGGAAAACAGCCGAGAUCCGCAUCUCUCUAUUUUCGUCCUAUUUUCACCUAUAAUUUUCCUAACCAAAUCUGCAACAUCAAUUUUGUGAAUGUAUGCUCAGUACUAUUCUAAAAAUGUAACUUCCCCAGUAAGUAUAGAAGGCAAAGUAAAAGAAAUAGGUAAAAGCAUGAGUUCUGAACUUACAGUGCUUCUAGUUUCUACUGGAUUUCCUUAUCCCACAGAAACUGCAGUCACUGAAAAGCAUACCAUGAACUUUUGUACAUUUCCUCGGGACCUAUUAAGAAGAGAACAGCAUAGUAGUAACACAUCCUACAUAAUAGAACUAAUACAGGGAAUAUAAACUUUCAGAUUGUGUUGUAAAUAUUUCAAAUCAUAUACAAUCUCUGGUGUAUAAUGUAAAAUAAACAUGUCUUACCUCUUCCUGUGACCAUGCUUUUUUUCAUUUUCCACUUUUCGUAGAUAUGCAACUAACGCCAUUAUUUUCCUUCUGCAUGUUUUCGCAUCUACUCCCAUUUCUCCUGCCACUUCUUCCCACGCGUCAUAUCUCCUUAACUUGUUGUAGUGCUGUGGGUGUUGAACAUUCCACAAUAUUUCUUGCUUUUUGUAAGCACUUGUAAGUUCCAAACACUUCUCUUUUGUCCACUCCAUACUUAAUGAGGACUCGCACUCAUACUACUUUUGACUAUGCCUGUCAGCUCAAGGUUCAGCUCGCCACCAUCCACUGCGGUGUGUAACUACACGGUGAACUUCCUUUGCUGAGACGGCUAGAAACAAUUGAUGGCUUGCUGCGAAUGGUUCCCGUUGGGUGUAUUUUGCUUGCAACGAGGUUUGGCUUGCUAAUGUGGACGUGCCUUAAAGUAUCUGUUGCAGCCAUUACCUAGUAACGGCUGUUGUUUACAGAGUCAUUACUUAAAAAUGGAUAUACAGGCUACAAUAUACUGUGACAUAGGAAAGAAAAUCUAUUAUAUUCCAGGUAAAGAACAGGUAUGUUCUCUAGCAAUUGAUGAACUCCAUGCCCACUCACCUCCAUCUAGUUCUGAGAUCAAGAAUGAUGGAACUAUACCUCCAAUCCACCAUAUGUCUUUAUGACAUAGUGCUUAAGUAAUCUUCUAAUGAGAUGAAAGUGAGUAGCAACAAUUUUCUUUUCUUCAUAGAGCAGGGCCACCUGCAGCAUCUGUGCUUCUUGUUUCUUUCUCAGAGGAAUAAUGAUACCCCUUUUGUGGUGUCUCUCUCAUCUCUUCAAGAAUCACUACUGGGGCUUCAGCACCAGUUUUGGAGUUACAGCAGCCUCUUUUGCACAAGAUCAGGGCUUGAAGAUCAUUGUCUGCAUCUCUGGCCCACUUGGAAACCACAGUGAGGGCAGCACCAGUGUUGGGCCCUGGUUUGACAGGUGAACUCUUGUAUGCACCAGAAGCUGCUUCUUCGGAAUGAAAAUGCUCCAGCAUGUUCUUCAGUACCAUCUUGUAUGAGGGGUAACGUAACUAAUAAUUGUGGGUUCUAGAUUUGAUGACUAUUGUUGUCACAUCCUUACAGGGGAAGGUGUUUACCGGCCAUUACAUAGAAACAGCAGUUCUUCUAUUGUCGUGUUGUUCUGUUGUUGCAUGAAAGGGCUGUUUCUGUGGCUUAACAGUUCUUGCAUAGAGUAAAUAUGCCACAGUACUUUAACACAUAAAUCUUGCCAUAUCUUCUUAUUUUUCUUCCAGGGAGGUUGAUAUAGUGAUACAUUCUCUGUGUGACUCUGCUUAUUCCAUGUCAGCUUUAGUAGACUGCACCCAGGAAUUUUUGCUCUCAAAGGAGCAUUGGGGUUUCUGAUCACCACCAGGCUGGUUCUUUAAAUAAUGCAGAAUCUUCUUAGAGUAUUUUUUGAUUACCCUACGUCAGAAGUCGCAAUAUUGAUUCACCCCUUCCCCUGGCUGCCAGAAGGAGCAUCCAAUGGUGAAGGUUCAUGGCAGAAAAUGCAUCACCUUUUAAGUGGCUUGGAUGAUGGUAGUUAUUGUAGCAGCCAUCAUUUCUGCUGGGUGCAUCCGUGAUUCUGAUUUCAGGUUAUGCCUGGAAAAAUAAAUAUGUGCAAUAAGAAAUUGCAGAUUUGUAAGUAAAUAUCCCAAUUGAGAAAGCAAAAAAAAAAAAAUUAGAAGUUUGCGACUAUGGUAUGUUAACACAAGUUACUAACAUUUUUGACAUUAGCCAUCGCCUCCCCCCCCAUCAACUAAUUGAAAACUGGACUCUUCCUCCUCCCACAGAGGGUUUAUCUUUAAUUUAGUUUAUAACCCCUGCCUUGUGUUCACUCUGGUAACUGGACAUAGGGACUAGAUUUAGGCCUAUCUGUUGGGCCAAUCUGAGUAGUCUUUCUGAGGAGAGAGGCACAUUCCAGUCCCUGAAACUUUUAAAAAAAGUACUUGAUGGAUUGAGUAUGAUGGCAUAAAUGCUUUCACCUUAGAAUUACUUAGUUAAUUGUAUAUAAACUUUUGUUUCCAUGGUGGGGUAUUGGACACUUAUUGCUCUUAAUUACCAGUAAUUACAAUAUGUUUGUUCUUUGCAAUCUCCUUCACUUCUGAAGCAUGUAGUCGGGGGAGUAUAGUGACGUUCUAUGGGCAGGAUGGCCUAAUUCCUGGCAAGGCCAAGUGUCGGCUGAUCACAGUGUGGCUGGAAAUUACUUCAUCAGACCUGAUGUUUUGAUGAUUUCCAGUGAGAAUCAGUGUUCCUUGGUGGUAAUGGUAGAAACAGAUUCAUCACAGUUUGGGCACAUACCACUGACAGGAUUAUAAAAGCACUUUUGAACAAGGAGCUGUUUGGAAAGAGAGGACACAUAUGAGGCUAGAGUCAGUAAAUAGGUCACAAAUGAAAGUAAAACAGCAGUAAUGGACAUAACUGGUUUUCUGUGUACAGCAGCACAGUCUAGCUUCAUGACAGUAGCUGUAGGUAGCAGACAUGUAUGCACAUGUUCAGAGGCUCGUUUCAGCACUCAAAAUGAUGACUGUGCUUGAUUGUGUACUACCAAAGAGCAGCUUUCUUUUGUGCGUUUUAUGUGGGCAAAAGGAUUCAAUGCAAAAUAUAUUAAUAACGAAAUAUUUUCUGUUUACAGUGGGUAGUGUUUCUUAUGUAAAGCAGUUCACGACUGGGUGGCAAACAUUUCACUGAUGAUGAAGAUGUUGAAACGGAGGUGUGUAAGUGGCCGAGACAGUAGUCAAAAGAAUUAUAUACUGUGGGUUUCAUUGUACUGGUAAAGGAAUUGGACAAGUGUUGGUGGAGUAUAUGUUGAUAAAUAAAUGUUUUUCCUGGGUUAGAAUGUCACAUAUUUUUUUAUGUUUUAUAUCCAUUUGUGGCCAUUUUAUUGACUCAUAUUUUGUCACUCUGCUAGAGGAGGUGAAGCUGAGAUUGCUCAGUUGCUAUAGCAAUGAGCUGUAAGCUGGAUGGCCAAGGUUCAAUUUUUCUCUGCUUCAUAGCAUCCAGACUGGCUCUGAGGCCCACCUAUCCUCCUAUCGAAUGGAUGCCAGGAACAAUAUCCCUGGAGGUGAAGUGACCAGGUGUGAAGCUGUCCACUCACCUCCAUCUAGCCCCAACAUCAUGAAUAUUGGAGCUAUGCAUCAAUUCUUCAUAUGUCUUCACAGAAUAGUGCUUAAUUAAUUAAGAACAUGGCCAACUUUACCUUUUACCUUUACUAGAGGGUGUGAUGGACAGCCCUGAAACUAACUUAUUAAAGAAUGUAAGAUAGAUUUGUCAAUGAAAUUGAAGUAAAAGAGCAUAUACUUUUGUGUAAAGAAGUAGGAGGAGUAUCAGAUUAUCAAUAUGACUGAUAUGUGUGUGGAAGAAAAUCUGGGGUGGUCAAAUUGUGUGGUUGUGAAGGAUGAAUGAAUGGUAUUCCUUAUUCAUAGAAAUAGUGCAGAUGUAAAUAUAUAACAAUUUGAGAUUUAAUAAUUAAGGAAUUAAUUCUUCAGUUGGUAUUGUCUGGAAAUAAUGAUUUAAAAGGUGGGGCUGUUAGCCACAUUUUAAAUCAGAGGAUUUAAAUGAUGAGGGUAUUAGUGUUGAAGUACUAUAUAUAUUGUUGAAACUAUAACCUAUCAAAUAUCCUAAUAAAAACUCUUUGAAAGGUAAUAAAUUGUUGGACUCUACAUGCACUCUUCUUACUGUUAUAAAAACCUUUUUUCAAUAAUGUUUACAAAUUCCUGAAACUACAUGUAAAUCAUAUAUUUUGUGUAUAAAUACAAACAUAUGAUACUUACAUUGCUGGAAAUGGUUUCCUUCCCAUGUUGUGAUUGAACUCUGACUUAGAGAUGUACAUUUGUAUGGUAAAUAUGAAAAUAAAGGCUUAUGCCAAGUCA